CCCCCUUCAAUUUUUUCUCCUCUCUCGGUUUGUCCAUGACUUCCUCUUCCCAUUUUCUUUCAAUUAUAUCUCAGAAAAUGGGAGGAAAAAGAACUCAAACUGAUUCAGGAAGCAGAUCAUCAAGCUCAUCCAUUUUACAAGAUGAUCAAGAGGGCUUAUCAUUUUCCUCAUCAAAAGCACAGCUACUUUUCAACAACGCGCCAAUUGUCUCAUCCUACAAUGACAAAAUUCGCCCUAUGCUUGAUGCCAUUGACAAGCUCCGCGUCCUCAUGGUUAUGGAGGAAGGCAUCCAGCUGCCCACCAUUGUUGUUGUGGGAGACCAGUCAUCUGGCAAAUCCAGUGUUCUUGAGUCCCUCGCCAGCAUCAGCCUACCGCGUGGACAAGGUAUCUGCACAAGGGUUCCUCUCGUAAUGAGGCUUCAGCACCACUCUGAUCCUAAACCAGAGCUUUCACUGGAGUACAAUGGCAGAGUUGAGCAGACUGAUGAGGAAAACAUUUCAGAAGACAUUGUGUAUGCCACUAAUCUGAUUGCAGGGGACAAAAAGGGAAUUUCAGACACCCCAUUGACCUUGUUGGUGAAGAAGAAUGGUGUGCCUAAUUUGACCAUGGUUGACCGUAGGAAUGAGUUGGAUUGUGACCAAUGGAGUUUGGACUCUGUUAGCAUAGCUAGAAACUUGCCUGUUAUUGUAAAAAAGAUCGAUGACAAGCUGAAUUCUUACCUUUCAGAACUCAACAAAUUGCCGAAAACUCUGACAACUGUUGCUGAGGCCAUGACUGCUUUUAUGCAGAUCAUUGAAGAAUCCAAAGAAUCACUUAAGAAGAUUCUUUUGAAGGGAGAAAUUGACGAGUUCCCGGGUGACCGACAAAUGCAUUGCACGGCUAGGCUGGUUGAGAUGCUCAAUCAGUGCUCAUUUCAACUUCACGAGUGCAAUGAGAGUGACUCCAAAAGUAAUUUCUUAAUGAAGGAGAUUGAGAUUUUGGAGGAGGUGAAGGGAAAAGUGGAGGGGAUUUCAGGCAUACCUCUUGGGUUUGUUGAGAAGGUUUGGAAUUAUAUUGAGAAUGUGGUUUUAGGGAAUCGGUCAGAACUCAACAAAUUGCCGAAAACUCUGUCAACUGUGGCUGAGGCCAUGACUGUUUUUAUGCAGAUCAUUGGAGCAUCCAAAGAAUCACUUAAGAAGAUUCUUUUGAUGGGAGAAUUUGACGAGUUCCCGGAUGACCAAAUGCAUUGCACGGCUAGGCUGGUUGAGAUGCUCAAUCAGUGCUCAUAUCAACUUCACGAGUGCAAUGCGAGUGACUCCAAAAGUAAUUUCUUAGUGGAGGAGAUUGCGAUUUUGGAAAAGGCGAAAGGUAUCAACCUUCCCAAUUUUGUUCAGCGCAAUGCUUUUCUUCAAAUUUUGCGGGGAAAAGUGAAGGGGAUUACACGCAUACCUCUUGGGUUUGUUGAGCAGGUUUGGAAUUAUAUUGAGAAUGUGGUUUUGUCUGUGUUAAUGAGAAAUACAGAAAAAUAUUAUCAGCUUCAACUGUCUGCCAGAAGAGCAUGCCAAAAUCUUAUUCAAAGGUUGAAAGAAAGGUCCAUUCAUUGCAUGACGGAGAUUUUGGAAAUGGAGAAGCUGACUGAUUAUACAUGUAAUCCAGAAUAUGUAUCCGAAUGGCAUAGGCUCAUGACUGAACAAGAAACAUUCAUCACAAAGGUAAUUCGUAAUUCUCAUGAUCUGGGACUUGGACCUGACACUGACAUAAAAAUAAAUGUAGAGGGAAUCGGGAUGGUUGAAGUUGGAGGUCUAAUGAAGUACCCACAUUCUCUAUUGUCUGAAGCUUUCGACUUGAAAAUGCGGAUGACUGCAUAUUGGAAUGUUGUGCUGAGAAGGUUGAUUGAUUCUAUGGCUUUGCAUUUGCAGCUGAGUGUUUCGAACCUUGUGGACAAGGACAUGAAGACGGAGAUUGUGAGUGAGUUAAUGGGACCUAACAAUGGGGUUGGGUUUGAGAGGAUGAUGGAGGAACCUCCAUCAAUUGCAGUGAAGCGUGAGAAGCUCAUCAAGAGAAUCAAAAAGCUCAAGGAGUCUAAAGAGGUUGUGUGUAAGAUCAUGGAUGGAAUCGUUACUUUUGCCAAUUAACUUAUUGUGUGAUAGAUAUAGCUAAGGAGUCUAGCUAAAUUAUGGUCUGUUUCUUGUUAAUCAAGGCAUUCUGUCAUUUGCUGAUCUGUUUGUACUUAAUUAUGAAGUCUAUGUGUUUGUUUGCUUUU